AUGACGCUAGACACAAUCUACAUCUGUCGUCACGGCUUUCGCAUGAGCUGGGUUGGCUCCGAGAACUUCCCCGCCACCAACCGUCCACGCGAUCCUGUCCUUACAGCCCACGGCCAAUCACAAGCACGGCAUCUCGCUCAAUACCUCUCCUCCCUCCCAGCCUCCGAACAACCAGAAUUCAUCAUCAGCUCUCCUUACUAUCGAUGUCUUCAAACGUCCUUACCCACUGCCUCUAAGUUGAAUCUUGAGCUUGUCGUCGAGCCAGGGCUGGCAGAAUGGUUCCCAACAGCAACACCAAGCACCGGCCCACAUCCACACCCAGCCCGCGCGGAAUACAUGAAAGAGUUCGUCCCUCAACUCUCGCUCUCUUGGAAACCUCUUCUCUACCCAAAUAGCGACGGCGAGUCGAUUUCCCAACUGCACGCCAGAGCGAGGCGCAUCUUGGAUCUCAUCCAACAACGAUGCGAGGAGUUGGAUGUGACGAGAGUGUUGAUAUGUAGUCAUGCAGCGACGAUUAUUGCGAUGGGGAGAGUGUUGUUGAAUGAUGAUGCGGAUGGGAAGAGGGAGAAAUUUAUCGGGGCAGGGACGGCAACGUUGAGCAAGUACCUGAGGGUGAAGGGUGGGAAGGAGGGAGAGUGGAGGCAGGAGUUGAAUGGAGAUGCCUCUUUCUUGCCAGAAGGUGUGGAGAGGGAAUGGCAUUUCGGGAUGGUACCGGAUAAUGUGAGCGAGGAUGGGAUGGGAGCUGGAUGGAGCGAUCCUGAAGCGCCGAGGAGUGCGGGAGAGGGGAAGAAGGAGGGAGCAAACAUUCAGACUAAGCUCUAG